CUGAACUGCGAUGUGUGAUGACGCACACACACACACACACACACACACACACACACACACACCACAUAACCAACUUUAAGAUUAACAUCAGCCAGCAACGAGUAAUAAAAGUCAUUGUGUGAACAUAUUUUUCACAUAUUCAGCCGAAACUGCCCCUGUCUAACAUACUGCAUUUGUUUAGAGUUCAGUUAUCUCCACAGACACACACACACACACACACACACACACAGACAAACAUAGAUUUAAAAUCUUGUCACUUUACACUUUAACAGAAACACGGAUCACAAGUUAUCAGGACACGGACAGGACCGACGUUCACUUUGUGUUGGUUUGAUUCUCUACAGUUUAUGAGACACAUGUUUAAACUGCGUCACAAACCGGGACGUGACACACACACACACACACACACACACACAAAGAGUCACAUGAUCUCCAGUAAAAGCAGGGAGGGGGAGCAGCCAGUGAGUUCAGACUUUGUUUUAAAUGUAAGGAGCAGAGGGAGGAGACGUGAAGUCUGAGGCUGGUGAGUGUUCAGCAACUUUAAUAUUAUUCAUUCAUAUUAUUUUACUGUCACAGACUCUGAGUCAGUUUUCUACUCGUGGACUUUAGAGAGAAGAUGAUUCAGGAUGAACUUCUGUCAGUCAACAGUUUGACUCAACGCUGUGAUUGGCUGAGUCCAACACAUUAAACAAAUAGCUGUCUCAUGUUACAGUGACAACAGGGAAACCGUGUAGGAGGGUUGACUCUGUUCCAGUUGAAGAAACACUGAGUUUAUGUACCUGGCUUCAUUGUGUGUGUUUGAGCUCACAGUGUUUUUCCUCUCAGACUGAAGAUGAGUGGUUAUGAGGAGGAAGAGGACAGAGCAGAGUCUCCAGGGUUCAGCUGUGUGUCUCUGAAGAGUGACCAGUCCAUGGGAGAACCUCCAAACUUCAGUAAUGAACCUGGACCCUCACACACAAAAGGUCAGGACCACAGACUGAGAGCAGAGUCUCCAGGGUCCAGCUGUCUGUCUCUGAAGAGUGACUGGUCCAUGAGACAUCCUCCAGAGUUCAGUAAAGAACCUGGACCCUCACACACAGAGGAGAGGAAGAGGACUCAUGUUUCUAAGGAGGAGCAGUCGUCCUGCUGUGCUUCGUGUCAGGACGUCCUGAAGGAUCCAGUCUCCACCAGCUGUGGACACUGGUUCUACCGACAAUGCAUCACCUCACACUGGGACCAGUCUGGUUCUUCAGGAGACUCCUCCUGUCCCCAGUGUGGAAAAAGAUCCAGAACAGGAGCUGGAGCAGAUCGUGGUCUGCAGGAGGUUUCAGAUGAACAUAAGCUCAGUUUGAGGAGGAGAUGUGAACAUGUGACUGAAGGAAGUGAUGAAACAGGAAGUAGAACCCUCCUCAACAGGAUCUACACUGAGCUCUACAUCACAGAGGGACAGAGUGAAGAGGUUAAUACUCAACAUGAGGUGAGGCAGCUUGAGACGGCUUCCAAGAUGAAGAUCCUCCACGACACUCCCAUCAAGGUCCACGACAUCUUUAAAGCCUCCACUGACCAGCAGAGCAGCAUCAGAGUCGUCCUGACCAACGGCGUCGCUGGCGUUGGAAAAACCUUCUCGGUGCAGAAGUUCACUCUGGACUGGGCAGAGGGUUUAGAGAACCAGGAUGUGGGUCUGCUGAUUGUGCUUUCGUUCAGGGAGCUGAACCUGGUGAAGGACCAGCAGCACAGUCUUCUCACGCUGCUCCAUGUUUUCCAUCCAGCGUUACAGAAGCUCAGGGCAGAGACGCUCGCUGUCUGUAAACCUUUGUUCAUCUUUGACGGCCUGGAUGAAAGCAGACCUUCUCUGGACUUCAACCACAGGGAGCUUGUGUCUGAGGUCACACAGAGGUCAUCAGUCAACGUGCUGCUGACAAACCUCAUCCGGGGGAAUCUGCUUCCCUCGGCUCUCGUCUGGAUAACCUCCAGACCUGCGGCGGCCAAUCAGAUCCCUCCUGCAUGUGUUGACAGGGUCACAGAAUUACGAGGCUUCACUGACGCCCAGAAGGAGGAGUACUUCAGGAGGAGAUUCAGUGAUGAAGAGCUGUGCAGCAGAAUCAUCUCACACAUCAAGACGUCCAUGAGCCUCCACAUCAUGUGUCAAAUCCCAGUCAUCUGCUGGAUCAGUGCUACAGUUCUGGAGCACAUGUUGACCACAGACCAGAGAGGAGAGCUGCCCAAGACCCUGACUGACCUGUACUCACACUUCCUGCUGGUUCAGACAAAGAGGAAGAACAACAAGUACGGUGAGGGACAUGAGACGUCUCCACAGCAUCUGACGGAGGCUGACAGGAACGUUCUCCUGAAGCUGGGGAGGUUGGCACUUAAACAUCUGGAGGAAGGAAACAUCAUGUUCUACCAAGAAGACCUGGAGCGGUGUGGUCUUAAUGUCCCAGAGGCCUCAGUGUACUCAGGAGUUUGUACUGAGAUCUUCAGAAGAGAGGUUGUGAUCCUCCAGAAAUCAGUCUACUGCUUUGUUCAUCUGAGCGUUCAGGAGUUUCUGGCUGCAGUCUACAUGGUCCACUGUUACACCAAGAGGAACACAGAAGAACUCAACAACUUCUUGGGAACAUAUGGGAACUCAGACAGUACCUUCUCCCUGGAUGAGCUCCUGAAGAGAACCAUGGAGAAAUCCCUCACCAGUGCAAAUGGUCAUCUGGACCUGUUUGUUCGCUUCCUUCACGGCCUCAGUCUGGAGUCCAACCAGAGAGUUGGAGGCCUGCUGGGUCGGGCAGAGAACAAUCCAAAGAUCAUCCAGAGAGUCUUAGGAGGCCUGCUGGGUCGGACAGAGAACAAUCCAGAGAUCAUCCAGAGAGUCAUCAACAACCUGAAGGAGAUGGAGAGUGGUGACAUUUCUCCUGACAGAAGCAUCAACAUCUUCCACUGUCUGACUGAGAUGAACGACCACUCUGUUCAUCAGCAAAUGAAACAGUUCCUGACGUCAGAGAACAGUUCGAAUGAGAAACUCUCUGAGAUCCACUGCUCAGCUCUGGCCUACAUGCUGCAGAUGUCAGAGGAGGUUCUGGAUGAGUUGGACAUGGAGAAGUUCAACACAUCAGAACAGGGUCGAUGGAGACUGAUCCCAGCUGUGAGGAACUGCAGGAAGGCUCGACUUGAUGGUUGUCUACUCUCAGAGAUUCACUGCAAAGUCAUGGCCUCAGCUCUGAAGUCAGACCCCUCACAUCUGAAAGAACUGGAUCUGAGUGUAAACUCCCUGCAGGAUUCAGGAGUGAAGCUGCUGUGUUCUGGACUGGAGAGUCCAAACUGUCGACUGGAGACUCUGAGGUUGAAGAGCUGCAGACUGACAGAGAUCAGCUGUUCUUCUCUGGCUUCAGCUCUGAGGUCAAACCCCUCUCAUCUGAGAGAACUGGAUCUGAGUAACAACGACCUGCAGGACUCAGGAGUGAAGGAGCUGUGUUGUUUCCUACAGAGUCCAACCUGUCGACUGGAGACUGUGAGGUUGGAGGGCUGCAGACUGUCAGAGAUCAGCUGUUCUUCUCUGGCUUCAGCUCUGAGGUCAAACCCCUCUCAUCUGAGAGAAUUGGAUCUGACUCUAAAUGACGUGAAGGAUUCAGGAGUGAAGGAGCUGUGUGGUUUUCUACAGAGUCCAACCUGUCGACUGGAGACUCUGAGGUUGAAGAGCUGCAGACUGACAGAGAUCAGCUGUUCUUCUCUGGCUUCAGCUCUGAGGUCAAAUCCCUCUCAUCUGAGAGAACUGGAUCUGAGUAACAACGACCUGCAGGACUCAGGAGUGAAGGAGCUGUGUUGUUUCCUACAGAGUCCAACCUGUCGACUGGAGACUGUGAGGUUGGAGGGCUGCAAACUGUCCGAAAUCAGCUGUUCUUCUCUGGCUUCAGCUCUGAGGUCAAACCCCUCUCAUCUGAGAGAACUGGAUCUGACUCUAAAUGACCUGAAGGAUUCAGGAGUGAAGGAGCUGUGUGGUUUUCUACAGAGUCCAACCUGUCGACUGGAGACUCUGAGGUUGAAGAGCUGCAGACUGACAGAGAUCAGCUGUUCUUCUCUGGCUUCAGCUCUGAGGUCAAACCCCUCUCAUCUGAGAGAACUGGAUCUGAGUAACAAUGACCUGCAGGACUCAGGAGUGAAGGAGCUGUGUUGUUUUCAACAGAGUCCAACCUGUCGACUGGAGACUGUGAGGUUGGAGGGCUGCAAACUGUCCGAAAUCAGCUGUUCUUCUCUGGCUUCAGCUCUGAGGUCAAACCCCUCUCAUCUGAGAGAACUGGAUCUGACUCUAAAUGACCUGAAGGAUUCAGGAGUGAAGGAGCUGUGUGGUUUUCUACAGAGUCCAACCUGUCGACUGGAGACUCUGAGGUUGUGGGAAUGCAGUCUGUCAGCGAUCAGCUGUUCUUCUCUGGCUUCAGCUCUGAGGUCAAACCCCUCUCAUCUGAGAGAAGUGGAUCUGACACGAAAUGACCUGCAGGACUCAGGAGUGAAGGAGUUGUGUUGUUUUCUACAGAUUUCAACCUGUCGACUUGAGACUCUGAGGUUGCGGUACUGCAGUCUGUCAGAGAUCAGCUGUUCUUCUCUGGCUUCAGCUCUGAGGUCAAACCCCUCUCAUCUGAGAGAACUGGAUCUGACUAGAAACAGGCUGCAGGUCUCAGGAGUGAAGGAGCUGCUUGAUCUAAAGCAAAGUCCAACCUGUCGACUGGAGACUCUGAGUUGGUGAUCUUUGUGGUGAGUGUGAAGAGGACAUUGUGUGUGGACGGAGGCUGAGCUGUGUGUCCUGAUGAUCCAGAGGCUGAAGCAGCAGCAGCUUGUGUGUAGAGCGGCUCUGACUGGGCCUUGUUGCUGGAGGAGGUGAACUGCUCUGAGAUCAGCUGUCACACAGUGUCCAGUCCACCAUCUUCCCUGUGUGUUCCUGUGGCUGUGACACAGCAUCAUCAGGGGAUCUGCUGCUGCUCUGUCCUUCUGACUCAGUGUCUGCAGACAAACUCACCCUCCUCCAUCCAAGCUGACAUUGGGUGGGAGGUGUGGUGCUCUUCGGAUGGGUCACCAAUCCGUCACAGUGCCGACAAACAACCAUUCACUCACAUCAACACCUAUGCUCGAUGUAGAGUCUCCAAUUUACGCAAAUCCCUAAUCUGCAUGUGUUUGUGAGAUGAAGCCGGAGCACCUGGAGGAAACACGGGGAGAACAUGCAGACUCCACACAGGAAGACCCCAUCUGAACCGGGAUUCAAACUAGGAACCUUCUGGCUGUGAGGCGACAGUGCCAACAACCUCGCAGCCCCAAAGUCUUGCCCCUCGCUACUGAUUGUGUUUAUUCACAUGAAGAAUGUGUUUAUUGAAAUGACACAACACUAACAGAUUAUAUAAUCUCUCUGUAAAGAGUUACAUAUAGUGUAUUUUACUUUGCCUUUAUUAUUUUCCACCUUUGUCCCUCAGUAUGUCUCCAUGUAUGUAAAACCACAUUCUGUGUAUAUGUUUGUUUAUGAUCUUAAAGUUCCUCGAUUCAUGUCACAAAUUGAUUAAGUUCAACACAAAGUUAUCACAUUGUUUUAACUUAAAAAUGGGACGUUUUCAUUUCUGCAUCAGGUGCAGAGCGGUGGUGGCUUUUCUACUUUUUGACCCACAGGUGGCACAGCAGUAUAACAGCAGCACAUCCUGGUCAAAGCCUUUUUAUUCAGUCUGAGUCAAACACUUCAUUCAUUUCCUCUGUGACAAACCAGAUGUAACGAGAAGAAAACAUCUCAGAGAGAAAAGUUGUGUUUCUACUUGUCUCUGCUUUAAUGCUCAAUAAACAUCCUUCCCCCGA